AUGCCUUUGCGCUCUCGCCAAGGUCCUCCCGAGGUAGUGGAAGACUCGGGACUUCGCAGUUUAUCUUUCAAUCAACCACUAUCAUGGCGCGUGGGGCGCUCGGCCAUUCCCAUCGCAGAUCUCCUCGAGCGUCUCCGGUCUCUCGCGCAGGAGCUUCGCAAACUCGACCAGGAGGAGAUUGAUAAGGAAUCACUCCGCAAAGUCUCCCAGGAACUGGCCAAUGCGAAUCUCCUCGCUCAUAAGGAUAAGGGUGUCAGAGCCUGGGCCACGUGCUGUAUUGUGGAUGUUCUGCGACUAUGCGCCCCCGACGCGCCGUUCACGCGUAACCAACUGAAGGAUAUCUUCACUUGUAUCGUGUCCUCCAUCAUCCCCGCGCUGGCAGAUCCGUCCAACGCCUACAAUGCCCAACAUAUCUACGUCCUGGGAUCCCUCGCUGAGGUGAAGAGUGUGGUAUUGAUGGUCGAUCUCGACCACCCGGACUCUUUGAUCGUCCCGUUGUUCACCGGCUGUUUCGACAUCGUCUCCGGUUCCUCAAAAGCCUCCACCGGUGAGGAGGUGGCCAAGAAUGUUGAGUUCGAUAUGACCCGAGUACUCGUUACGGUGAUUGAUGAAUCGCUCGUGCUCGCACCAGAAGUUGUGGAUAUCAUUGUCGCCCAAUUCCUGCGUGUAGACCCGCGAGUCCUGGACAAGAAAGGAAAGCGACCAGAUGCGCCUGUUGAUGCUAAGCAAGAUACACUUUUGCUGAAGGACUACCCCCCCGCUUACAAUAUGGCCAAGGCUAUCUGCCAGGCUUGUCCCGAACGAAUGACCAGUCACAUCAGUCAAUACUUUAACAAUGUGAUCAUCGAUGCGUCUGUUCCCGCCGGCCAAACGAAUGGCUCCAAGCAUGGCGCGCGCAAGCCCAAUCUCGACGACUCGGAUGAGGAGGGAGAGGAUAUCAAGGAACUGAGCAAGGCGCAUCGUCUCAUCCGAGAAUUGUGGCGUGCUUGUCCUGAAGUGCUCCAGAAUGUGAUCCCCCAGAUCGAAGCAGAAUUAUCUGCAGAAUCAGUGGCCCUUCGCUUGUUGGCUACCCAGACUAUCGGAGAUCUUUCUGCUGGUAUUGGUGUUGCGGGACCCCCUCCUCCACCCCCCAUGGACCCGACCACCUACCCGCCGGUAUCUCUGGUGGAUUACGAUAAAACGAUCCCUCAACCCAAUGUUCUGGUGACCCCCAUCUCCCCCAAACCUUUCUCUCAGGUCCACAAUUCUGCAUAUGAGGCUUUCUUGAGCCGUCGUCUUGACAAGACGCCAUCAGUCCGCGCCGCCUGGGUUACAGUCGUGGGACGAAUCCUUCUGACUUCGGCUGGGGGUUCUGGUCUUCACGAAAGCGAGGAGCACAGUCUUGUUCGAAAUCUUGCAUCGAUGCUUCGUGACGCGGAUGAAAAGGUUCGCGUGGCCGCAGUUGAUACCGUCGGCCAAUUCGGUUUCUCACAAAUUGUGAACAGACUGAGUGUUGACGGCGGCUGCUCAUCACCGGACUCGGUCCUGGCAAUCCUUGCUGAGCGAGUGAAGGACCGUAAGCCGCAUGUGCGUGAGCAUGCCAUGAAGAUCUUGGCUCGCAUGUGGGCAGUGGCGGCUGGUGACAUCGAGCAAAACACCGAGCCUGUUGUGUCUCUUCUAAAGGACGCUCCAUCCAAGAUCUUUGACGCGUUCUACACCAAUGAUCAAGAGAUCCAUGUUCUGAUUGAUAGAGUGUUGUUUGAAACGCUUUUGCCACUCCCAUAUCCCCCUCUCAAAUCAAAGCUCUCUCGAGGAAGCUCAAAUCAAUCACAGAAACAGAAGGAAAAGGACAGCCAGGCUUCUGAACCGGAGCAAGAGACAGAUGUUGACAACAUUCGUGUUCGUCGGAUUCUAACCCUUCUCCGAGGCCUGGACGAGAAGGCCAGGCGAGUUUUCUUCGUUAUGCUGGCCCGUCAAAUGUCUAUGAGAACUGCAGUGACUCUUUACCUUGAGGCCUGUGAGAAAUACAACGGUGGAGUUGUCGACAAGGAUGAGGACACUGCCAAGUUACAGUUGACCAAGAUUGUUGAAUCAUUAUCCAAAACCUUCCCAGAUGCGUCGCGGGCAUCGGCAGACCUGUGGAAGUUCGCAAAGGUGCACGAUAGACGCAGUUAUCAGCUUCUUCGCUUCACUAUGGCUGCUGUGAGUGAUUAUCGCACUGUUGUGAAGGCCACAAAGGAGUUGCAGCGGCGCAUACAAACCGCCAACAACUCCCCUCUUCUGGAGACCCUGACACCACUCAUUUACCGCUGUGGAUCUCUCAUCUUUAACCGAAGUCACAUCCCCGCUAUCAUGAGCCUUUCCCGAACAGAUGAGAACGGGUUGGCCAAUGCCGCACAGGAGAUGUUGAAGCAAAUUUCGUCGCAAAAUCCCGAGGUCCUAGAGGCACAGGUCCAAGAAAUGUGCAAAGAUCUUGAGGCCCAGGCUCCCAAGGCCUCGUCUGCUGGUGAAAAUAGCGCUGAAGACAUUCUGAAAGCCUGUGCUGGCUUUGCGAAGAAGCUUCCUGAUAAAUUGCCCAAGGAGCGAAAGUUCUUGCAGGCUCUUACGAAUCAUGCCCUGUAUAGCUCAUCGCCACACGCUGCCAAGUAUGCUGUGUCAAUUCUGAUGGCCACUGCUGACCGCAGAGAGAUGUACGCCAAGGAUUUGGUGCAAAAGUGUGUGAAGAAGUGGACAUAUGGGUCAGAUCACUUCCUGACCCGUCUCGCCGCUUUGUCGCAACUGAAUCUCCUUGCGCCAAGAGAGGCGGACGAGGAAAGCGAUGCUAUUAUUUCAAUCGCCGUCAACCAAAUACUGCUUACCAAUCGCACACCUGAACCAGAUUCCGAAUACACUUGGUCGGAGACAGUGGAUGAAGAGACAAAUGCUAAGGAAUGGGCACUGAAAAUCAUUGUCAACCGCCUCAGGGCUAAAGACGGCGCAGACAACGAAGCGGACUUCCGCGCUCAUGCCCAACCCGUCUACGAGACUUUGAACAAGCUGGUGAUGGGCGAAGGCGAGAUAUCCAAGAAGAAGGAUACUCCUGCUGGUCAGAAAUCACGUCUCCGCUUGCUCGCUGCCAAGUGCCUACUCAAGCUGUGUGCUGGAAACACCGUCUGUGACGGUCUCUUGACGCCAGCUGAUUUCAACGCAAUCGCUCUGGUUGCCCAAGAUCCGCUUUUGCAGGUGCGCAGUGGAUUCAUCAGUCACCUCAAGAAGAAGCUCGUACAGAAGUCACACCUCAGCCACCGAUGGUACAUCGUCCCAUGUUUGCUGGCCUUUGAGCCCGUUCACAGUCUGAAGGAGAGCACACUUACAUGGUUGCGAUCUCGAGCGGCGUACUUUGCACAACAAGCACAGGCCAGUGGGAAACGUACUGAGCAGACCAUGGUCAUGGAACUCAUCUUCUCACGUCUAUUGUCCCUUCUUGCCUACCACCCCGACUAUCCAUCUGAGGACCUGGAUGAGUCCACAAAAUUGGGCGACCUCACAGACUUCUCACAAUACAUCCUCUUUUAUCUCUCUGCUGUUGCCAAUGAGCAUAACAUGUCACUAAUCUUCCACGUUGGGCAGCGCGUCAAGCAAUUCCGCGAUGGCAUCACCCAAUCUGAUGAGAUCUCCACUCGCCUUCACACAUUGUCUGACCUGGCACAGGCGACUGUCCGACGCUUUGCAGACAUCUACUCCCAGCAGCACAAGUUCGGCGGCGGCGCUGCUGGCGCGACCAAUAUCCUGCAAACAUACCCCGGGAAAAUGGGAGUUCCCAGCUCCCUCUUCAAUUCCAUGGGCAGCCACCGCGAAGCUCAGGAUGUCGCUGACAAGAACUUCCUCCCCGACGAGCUGGAUGAUCUUCUGGACCGAGUCGUGCGAAAUGCCAUGAAGCCAAGGAGCAGCUCGGCGCACGGUACUCAGGGUAGCUCGGCGAAGAAGCGCAAGCCUUCUCUUGAUGCCAAUGGCAAGCCCUCUGCAACGAAGAAGGCCCGCAAGGAGAAGUCUGCUCGUACACCGCGCAAAUCAACUUCAUCAGUGGGUGCGAAGCCCAAGCGGAAAUCCAAGAACGAUGACGGCUGGUCCUCUGACGAAGGCGCUAAAGAUGCCACUCCGGCCUCUGCUCGCAGGCGCAGCAUGAGAGGAACUGCUCUGCAUGAAGUCAGCUAUAUCGACAACGACAGCGACGAUGCUGACGAGGAGAUGGCGGAGUGGAACAAGGCUGAAGCCAAGGGUGAAGAUGCCGAGGAGGUCGAGGAUGAAGCCGAGGAUGAUGCUGAAGAGAGCGAGAAUGAAGAAAUGCAGGACGAUGACAAGGAGAAUGGCGAUGAGGCUGAAGCCAGCGAGGCCAGUGAGAAGGAACCCACGCCACCUCCCAAGCCCCGUGGAAAGGCCAAGGCAAAGGACCCCAAGAAGGACCCCAAGAAGUCCGAUGCUAAGCCAGCCGCUCUUCCCUCCCGACGCAGCUCUCGUCGUGGCUGA